CUCCUCCUCUUCCCUUAGAAACUUGUCAAGAAGAGCAACAGGAAAAACAGUCCGGCUCGGCAAAACGGCUCCUCUAGCGGGUGCAUCGUGGAGUCACUCCGGGAGCCCUUGAGCCCUUUCCCCCAGAUCUAAACUCCUGCAGCAAUAGGAUUCAGGUCUUGCGCCUGCUCCUUUCCAAGUUGAUCUGGAAAGGAGCAGCCCUGCCAAGCUUGACUCUGAACACCACCACUGCAUUGCAUGCAAAGGCGAUUCAAGGUUGAAAGCAUGGAAAUCCCAACAAGGAAUUUGCUGGAGGUGUAAGAAGCAGAAAGGGACAUCAUUCCAUAUGUGGUGGAGCUGUGAGACCAGCAGAGGCUGGAUGGCCAUCUGUCAGGGGUGCUUUUAAAAACUCACAGCAACCCAACAAGGAUUUUGCUGGAGGUAAAAGAAGCAGAAAGGUACAUCCUUCCAUAUGUGGUGGACCUGUGAGACCAGCAGAGGCUGGAUGGCCAUCUGUCAGGGUGCUUUAAAAACUCACAGCAACCCAACAAGGAUUUUGCUGGAGAUGUAAGAAGCAGAAAGGGACAUCCUUCCAUAUGUGGUGGACUUGCGAGACCAGCAGAGUCUGGAUGGCCAUCUGUCAUGGGUGCUUUUAAAAACUUAAGCAACCCAACAAGGAUUUUACUGGAGGUAAAAAAAAGCAGAAAGGGACACCCUUCCAUAUGUGGUGGACCUGUGAGACUAGCAGAGUCUGGAUGGCCAUCUGUCAGGGCUGCUUUUAAAAACUCACAGCAACCCAACAAGGAUUUUACUGGAGGUAAAAAAAGCAGAAAGGGACAUUCUUCCAUAUGUGAUGGACUUGUGAGACCAGCAGAGUCUGGAUGGCCAUCUGUCAGGGCUGCUUUUAAAAACUCACAGCAACCCAACAAGGAUUUUGCUGGAGGUAAAAAAAAAGCAGAAAGGGACAUCCUUCCAUAUGUGGCUUGGGGUGUGGUGCAGGCUGGAGAGCAGCUGCAAUGAAUCACUGCAAUGAAUCACUCUGACCAGGAGGUCAUGAGUUCGAGGCCGGCUCAGAGCCAUGUUUGUCUUGUCUUUGUUCUAUGUUAAAAGGCAUUGAAUGUUUGCCUAUAUGUGUAAUAUGAUCCGCCCUGAGUCCCCUUCGGGGUGAGAAGGGCGGAAUAUAAAUGCUGUAAAUAAAUAAAUAAAUAAAUAAAAUAUGUGGUGGACUUGUGAGAUCAGCAGAGUCUGGAUGGCCAUCUGUCAGGGCUGCUUUCAAAAACUCAGCAACCCAACAAGGAUUUUCUUGGAGCUAAAAGAAGCAGAAAGAGGCAUUCUUUCAUAUGUGGUGGACCUGAGACCAGCAGAGGCUGGAUGGCCAUCUGUCAGGGGUGCUUUUAAAAACUCACAGCAACGCAACAAGGAUUUUGCUGGAGCUAAAAGAAGCAGAAAAGGACAUUUUUCCAUAUGUGGUGGACCAAAGGGACAGACUUUAUAUUUCUAGGCACGCAGAUCACUGCAGAUGCAGACUGCAGCCAGGAAAUCAGAAGACGUUUACUUCUUGGGAAGGGAGCAAUGGCCAACCUUGACAAAAUAGUGAAGAGCAGAGACAUCACACUGGCAACGAAGGUCCGCAUAGUCAAAGCAAUGGUAUUCCCCAUAGUAACCUAUGGAUGCGAGAGCUGGGACCAUAAGGAAGGCUGAGAGAAGGAAGAUAGAUGCUUUUGAACUUUGGUGCUGGAGAAAAAUCCUGAGAGUGCCUUGGACUGCAAGAAGAUCCAACCAGUCCAUCCUCCAGGAAAUAAUGCCCGACUGCUCACUGGAGGGAAGGAUAUUGGAAGCAAAGUUGAAAUAUUUUGGCCACAUCAUGAGAAGACAGGAAAGUUUGGAGAAGGUCAUGAUGCUGGGGAAAAAGGAAGGAAAAAGGAAGAGAGGCUGACCAAGGGCAAGAUGGGUGGACGGUAUCCUUGAAGUGACUGGCAUGAACUUGAAGGAACUGUCGUUGACGGACGACAGGGAGCUCUGGCGCAGACUGGUCCAUGAGGUCACGAAGAGUUAGAAACAACUGACUGAAUGAAGAAGAAGAAGAAGAAGAAGAAGAAGAAGAAGAAGAAGAAGAAGAAGAAGAAGAAAGGGACAUUCUUCCAUAUGUGGUGGACCUGAGAGACCAUACAGGCAUUUUGGGAUAAGCCUUCUUUCAUCUCCCAGCGGUACUCUGGCCUUUUCGAAUGCUGCAGACCAUAUCAUUCCAAAACACUAGUGCCACUGAGAUAAUGGGAACAAUUGCUUUCCUGGGAGAUGUGGAGACCCAUUCGCUUGACACCCAUACCUGGAAGAUCAAAUUCCUCCAACCAUGGACCCAAAGUGCCUUCACGCCUCUAAAAUGGGAAAUGCUGGGACAGCUCUUCAGAGCUUCCUUUAUAGACUUCAAGAAAGCCAUCAACAACAUGGUUGCAGCUUCAAAUUACAGCUAUCCUUUUGUUAUACAGUCCUUCUUUUUUUGUGAGAUUGGGACCGAUGGAACAAAGAGAGGUUUUUAUAAAGGUGCUGCAAAUGGAGAUGAUGUUCUUGGAUACAGUACUGACAAUGCUACUUGGGUUGUCCAAAAAGACACUCCGCUCGCUGUUGCUGUUCAAGACUUCCUCAACAGGAACAAGGGCACAACUGCAAACAUGCGCAGUCUACUACUGAAUGAGUGUAUUGACAUUCUUGAGAGCUCUCUCAAGACUGGAAAUGAAACACUGCAUAGACAAGAGAAACCUGUUGCUGUGGUCUUUGCCCAGGAGCCUCCUGCAACCACUGACUCCCUCCUACUAGUUUGCCAAGUGACGGGUUUCUAUCCACACCUGAUCAACGUCUCCUGGCUUCAGGACGAAGUGGCCUUGCCCAGCUCAAGGAUCAAUUCCACCACCAUCUUGCCUAACUACGACCUGACCUACCAGAUCAGGAGUUCUCUGGCUAUUAAGUCAAUGGAGACUUCACACAGUUAUGUUUGCAGGAUACAACACAGCAGCCUUGAUGGGAAAAGUCUUGUCAUCCUGUGGGAAAGGAAGCACAGAUAUAGAGUAACUAUAGUAGUAGUCGUGCUUGUGGCUUCAAUACUUGUUGUAGUUGCUGGAGUGUUAUUCUAUCUGCAGAAGAAACGUCGACAAUAUGAAGACGUCAACCAAGCAAUCUCAAAAACAGCAAGGCAGUAAUAGAGGAUGAUGAAGAAUCAGAAAAGAGAAGAAACAAGUAUGCAAAACAUGAGAAAUUCCUAACCCACUACGGUCUGCAGAAAAGAUUGCAAGGCAAUCUGGGGAAAGAUCCUGUCUGAGGCCGUGGGGAACUUCAACAAGACUGAUUAGACUGGUCUUAAGUUCAUCUAAAGCAGCUUCAAAACUGGAAUUAGAAACAGUCUUACGCCCCUUCUACACUGACAUAUAAUCCAGAUUAUCAAAUCAGAUAAUCCACAUUAUCUGUUUUAAACUGGAUCAUAUGAGUCUACACUGCCAUAUAAUACAGUUCAAAGUUGAUAUUUGCAUUUUAUAUGGCAGUGUAGAAGGUGCCUUAGUGGCAUGAGAGCUCUGCCUUAAUCCAAUACUUGUGAUACAUUUACUUCUGGAAGUGUGUUUUCCAAAUGGGCAUCCAACUGGCUGGUGUUUUAACUAGUUUUUCCCAUACUCCACUGCUCUCACCACUGCUCAGCACUGUUGCUCAGAAUUUGCUUUUGUGGCCAUAAUAAAAAUAUGUAUUUUUUCUGGGCUAGUCUAUUUGAAUAUACAGUAUACAAUAUACAGUAGAGUCUCGCUUAUCCAACUUUCGCUCAUCUAACGUUCUGUAUUAUCCAACGCAGUUUGCCUCCCACCCAGAUCCACAGCUGUUUCUUUAGGCAGGCAAGGAUCACAGAUUUUUAAAAAUCUUCACAGGACUGAACCUUUUACAAAUUUAACUUCUGACAAUGUUGUUAUUGUAAGUUCAUUUUAUGCAAUUCUAUCUUUAUUUGUAGUCAGUGUUUUAGUAGUCAAUGUUUUCAAUACAUUGCGAUGUUUUGGUGCUAAAUUUGUAAAUACAGUAAUUACUAUAUAA